GUUUUCGAAAAAGAAAGGACAAAUCCGUCGUCAAUUUACCAUCCGACAUCGAAUUGGUGCCGGCUAGGGGAUCUCGCCGCCGGAUCGUGUUCCCAAUUUCAAAUCCGGUGGCGCCGCCUGCUCAUCUGCCUCCCCAAACCCCAGCUGUACCGCCGCCGGCCUCCGCCGCCCUAGCUAGGAUUUUUCGCUCCCCCGCAAGAACAUCCUAUGCCCCGUGCUCCCGCAGCCCACCGCGGCGGCGGCAAGCGGCCCAUCGGCGGCGCUCACUGGACCAAGUCCCCGACUUACCGCCGCCGCCUUCCCGGCCCCAGUCACUUGCUCGCCGUCCGUCCCUUCAGCCUCCGCUUCGCCCUCACCACCGCGCUCCACCGCCCCCGCAAGCGCCGCACCGACGGCGCCAGUCGCCCCGCCCCCAGCCCCCGCCGACGCAGCAGGCGCGUUGUCGACCUCCGCCAAUUCCUCGCCCUCGGCUCAUUCGCCCUCCGUCACGUCCUCGCGGGCGUCGCAUCGGCCUCCUGCCGCCGCCGGAAGGCCUCCUUCUCCUUGAAAAACAUGGGCUGCACCUUGUCGCGGGCCUCGAGGGUAUACAAGAAAGCUGUCGAGGGGUUGCGGGAGGUGGGAGAUCUCAGUGCCAAUCAGGUUCAAGCGGACAAGGCUGAUGCGGCCAGGAGGGGUAUUGGCGAUUGGACCAACAUUAGAUCGGAGGAGGUGCCGAGCUAUAAGCCCAAAGAGGAUCUGCCUGAAUUAUUUACAGCUCUCACAAAUGAAGAAGAAAGUUUAGUACACAACUAUUUGUAUGGUAGUGGUCACAGUAAAGAAAUAUUAGUACAGCAUGAGCCUUCAAAUAUCGAGAUUACCAGAGAGAAACUAUGGUGCUUGAGGCCUCGUGGUUGGUUAAACGACGAGGUCAUCAAUUUGUACCUAGAAUUGUUAAAGAAGAGGGCAAAAGAAGAACCCACAAGAUUUUUAAAAUGCCAUUUCUUUAACACAUUCUUCUAUAAGAAGCUUGCUGGUGGAAAAACUGGUUAUGACUAUGAAUCUGUCAGAAGAUGGACAACCCUCAACAAGUUGGGUUAUGAGCUUCUGGACUGUGAUAAAAUAUUUAUUCCAAUUCACAGAGAUUUACAUUGGUGCUUGGCAGUUAUUAACAUGAAGGAAAAAACUUAUCAAUAUCUUGAUUCUUUUGGUGUCAUGGACUUUGAUGUUCUGAGAAUACUGGCUACAUAUAUUAUGGAUGAAGUGAAGGACAAGAGUAACAUAGAGUUAGACGUUAGUUCUUGGCAGGACGUAUCAGUUCCUCUUCGUAUGCAACAUAAUGGAUGGGAUUGCGGUAUGUUCAUGCUCAAGUUCAUCGAUUUCCACAGCCGAGGUGUCAGUCCAUCUUUUAGUCAGGAAGACAUGGAAUAUUUUAGGAAGCGGACAGCAAAGGAGAUCCUGAGAUUAAAAGCUGAGUAAGGAACAGGCCCUUCAUGAUCAACAUCUAGACAUUUUACCAUGUCAGGUAUUCUUCUUGCAUUCCGCUGGAAAAGAUGUGAGGAACUAUCUCUGUUGUCAACUAGGGUCGUGGUGAUUAAGCUCUAAGAGUAAAUCACCAUGCCACCACAGUUUUGUAAAAUCUCUAAUUCAUAUUCAUCUAGGAUCUGAUUUUGAUAGAAUAGGAAGGAUGGAGAAGAGAUAUAUAUAGGGAAGAUAAUAAGACUUGUUUAGAGGUAGAGUGCUCUGCUCCCCCCAAUACCAUGUAUCAGCAAUUGUAAUCUGGAACUCAAGACAGUACAAGGCCGGCAUGAAUUAUUCCUCUUAUAGCCUUAUUCCAUUAUCUAAA